CGAUAAUAAUAUAGUUUUACACAGCACUAUUUGAGUUGUUAACCAGCACUCGCGCAAUUCGCUGGCAACGCAAAAAAGAAACGGAAGAGCGGGCAAACAGAAGUGAAUUGUGUCAGUGAGUGGAGUGUGUUCUCCGUGUGUGUGAAAUGACAACGUCUUCAAUUAAACGACGUCGUUCGCCACACGAUGCCAGGGCAUCGAACGAUGUUGGUGAUGGCCUCAACAACGACAAUGAGACCAACAACGACAACAAUGCCACCAGCGUGUUGACCACCGUCGGCGAUGCCAACAACAGCAUUGCCAUCAACAGCAACAACAGCCUGGGAAAACGGGACUCUGAGGAGGAUAGUUGGGCAUCCAAGGGAUACAGUUAUAUCAAUCCAUUUGUGCAUCGCAUACAAAUCGACAGUCACAUUGAUGUGGCCAAGAUCUACGUGCUGACUGUGCUUCUUCUGCCCAUACGCGUGGUGGGAUGUGUGCUCUCAUUGCUCUCGGCCUGGAUGUUCGCUUGCAUUGGCCUCUAUGGCAUGUCCCUGGAGGAAUUGCAGGCAAGGCCACUCACCGGCUGGCGUAGGAAUGUGCAAUACUUGACGGCGCGUGCGAUGCGCAUGGUUUACACAUCUGGCUCCUUUCACUACAUCAGUUUCAAAGGCACUCCAGCUAGCGCCAAGGAGGCACCCGUUUUGGUUGUGGCACCUCACUCCUCGUACGUUGAUUCCAUACUCGUUGUGGCCGGUCAUCCGCCAUCGAUUGUUGCGAAGCGGGAGACGGCAGAUAUUCCGUUGCUGGGACGCAUCAUCAACUAUGCCCAGCCCAUCUAUGUGCAGCGUGAGGAUCCCAAUUCGAGGCAGAAUACCAUACGGCAAAUUGUUGAUCGCACACGCUCCGAAGAGGAUUGGCCACAGGUUGUUAUCUUUGCCGAGGGCACUUGCACCAAUCGCACGGCAUUGAUUAAAUUCAAACCGGGCGCUUUUUACCCCGGUGUGCCAGUGCAACCCGUUUUGUUGCGCUAUCCCAACAAAUACGACACCUUCACCUGGACCUGGGAUGGACCAGGAGUGUUGCGUCUACUUUGGUUGACAAUGACACAGUUCUAUAAUCGUUGCGAAAUUGAAUAUUUACCUGUUUACACGCCCUCGCCCGCCGAAGUGGCAGACGCUAAUCUCUAUGCCCACAAUGUGCGCGAAGUGAUGGCCAAAGCUUUGGAAGUUCCCACAUCGGACUAUUCGUUUGAGGAUGUUAUCGUUAUGAGUCGCGCCCGUGAAAUGAAAAUUCCCUUUCCUGGCGAUAUUGUGGAAAUUGAGCAUACUCUGGAUUCGCUUGGCCUGUUGGAUAGCAAGCGUGACACGGAAUUGUGCGAGAGCUUCCUGUCAUUGGACAACACAGAAAAACUGGACAUACUCACAUUUGCAGAAUUGCUGCAAAUCGAUCUCAAGAAUCCACAACUCCACAAGCUGUUUGCGUUAUUGGAUCACCGUGCAAAGGGCACUGUGAGUUUAAAGAGUUUUCUGCUCUGCUCCCUGUUUUGCAAAUUGAAGAACUGCGAUAUUAUUACAUUUUUGCGAGCGUUGGUCAAUUUAUACAGUCCGAACAGUCAGCAAAUUGAGCGUGAGAAUUUUAUACGAUUGCUGCGGCAUGCUGGCGGUAAGCUGAAUGAGCAAAAGGCACAGACGCUCUACUAUGCGUUGGACACUGCCAACGUGGGCCACAUCUCAUUUGAUACAUUUGCGCAGUAUACGGAAAAGCAGACAAGCUACAAGUUUCUCUAUCACAAGUCGGAGCAUAUACGAAGACCGAAGAGCAACAAUUCUGUCAAGGCGACAGCCAACUGAGCGAAUACAGAUGAGAAAUGCAUUUUGGAGGCUGCAAAAGAAAUACUUAUUAGCUGGUUCUAUAGUUAUUUAGUUGGCUGUGCCAUAGGCAGAAAAACUAUUACCAGCAGAAUGGCGACAACAUCAGUGAGUUAUAUAGAGAGAGACAGAGAGAGAUAAAGAGAGAGAGAGAGAAAGAGCGAAAUAGCGAGAGAGAGAGAGAGAGAGAGAGAGAGAGAGAGAGCGAGUUUAACGUAGUACGUUGCGGAACGUAAGCAAAAGUCAAAAAUUCAAGAUAAGCAGAAAGUUCAAUUGUAAACUAUAUACAUACAUAUUUACCUAUAUAUAUUUUGUAAUAAUAUUUAAUUUAUUUAUUGUGUACGUGUUCGUUGCCAACUGUAAUUAGAUUUGUUAAGCUUAAGACAGGUCGAAAUACAAUGUAAGUGCUGAAUGCUGAAUGCAAAAUGCUCAAUUGAAUGAUAUAAACACACAUUUGACCUGUCUGCACAUUCAUUUAAUUAACCCGUAUGUGUAUUUGUACUUUAAUAUUUUAACACAAGUCAUUUCAUUAUUGUGAUUCAAUGUUUAAGCAUAUACAUUCAUGUAUCCUAACUAUCUAUCGCGAUGUAUCUUUAGCAGAACUAAACCAAACCAAGCCAAAACACUGAACAGACUUGUAUUCCAAACCCUAUUGUAUUCCCCUCAAUGCUAUACACACUGCACAUACUACAUACUCUUGUCCACACACACAGCCAGUGAAUAGAAACCGAGGUGAAUGCCAAAAAUAGAAUCAAUGCCUCCCUCCACUUACGCUACAGCCGCCUGUUUAUGGUAUUUCCAAUUGCCAUCAAAUUAUGUAUAGGUACUUCUAAAUACUUCUUGUGCAUUUGUAACUUGUAACACCAAGACACCAAAAAAAAAAUCAUAGACUUUCGGGCAACUAUAAGCACCCCAUGGUAAAUCCCGACUUUAAAGAAAUAAAACUUGCAAACUUUAGCUGUACUUAAGCAAUCCAUAGACUUAUGCAUAGAUACAGAAUUAGUUGGCAUCAGUAGCAGCUAUAUCAAUAUCACACACACACAACUUUGCACACACUAUUACACCCGACACACACACACUUGCAUAGAUACUUUAUUUUUUAUUUAGCAGAAUAUAUUUUGUAAACUAUCUAAAAUUUCAAUACGCCGCUUUUAUGCUAUUUUCUAUUAUAAUUUGACUCAAUGUCUGUCAAUUCUUUAUUUGUUGUGUUAAUCAUAUGCAAGCAAAUUGAUAUUUAUAUUUACAUUAAGUACUCUUGAUUUGUACGCAAUCAAGUUGAUAUAUAUUUUACUUUCUUUUAGUUGAGUACUAUAAAAUGAAUUACUAUAUUGUAAAUAUUUACGUGUAUGAAAAUGGAAUUUGCCUCUUAAUAGAUUACGCAACUCCAAUAGUUUUAUAUUUACAUUUGAACUAAGCUUAAAGA